AAAUCUUUUUAGUUGUUGGUUAGACUUUGAGAAGAGAAGAUCUCCCGAACACUGUAGAAAAAAUCGUUUUUUUCUUUGUUCACUUUUUCUCCCAAUUGAAAAUUCAUUUUCUUUCUCUCUCAUUCUCUCUCCCCUUGAAUCAUCUUUGUGUUCAUCAACUCAAACAAAAAAACACCAUCAUCACCAUCAUUUUAUUUGUAUUAUUGUUUAGUAUUUUCUAUUUUUAAUUGUAUCUCAUUUUACUAAAUAACAUUCAAUCUUUUUGUCUCUCUUUCUCUCUCAUCAUCUUGUUCAAUUUUUCUGAUCCAUUUUUUUUUCUUAUCUUUCGAAAAGUAAUAACAAAAAAAUAUAUAUCCAACCAAAGAUAGUUAUGUCUUUACAUAGCCAUAAGAAUAAUGUCAACACAUCUAAUACCAACAUCAAUUCUACAACUACUAUUACUACAACUACAAACUCCAACACCACCAAUAAUAACAACAAUGAGAAUAACAAAUUAACUCAUGUUAUGGAUAAACUGUCACCUUCUUUCCAUUCAAUAUUCUCAUUUGAAAAUAGUGUGACUCCCGUUGGUAACAAUAAUAGUGAACUGGAGGCCACCAUUAGUGAAAUCGCCAAGCGAAUUGAACAAGUUCUCAAUCAGAAGAAAAUAAUUCGCAGUCCAACCGAUUUACCUGCUAACCUUACCAAAAAAAUAGCCUCAGAUAUUAUUGGAAUGUCCGAGACUGAACCCUGUGGUCUGCAAGGUUGCCUUCUUUAUAUCUCACUGGAAGAUGAGGAUCACAAAGCACAAACCAUUGGUUCAUUAAAAUUGGGUGAAAAAACAAUUGUUCCCACCUUUGUGAUAUAUCUUCAUCUUCGUCGGAGAUACAGUGAUUGGUUUAAAUUCAUUGCUGCAAAAUUUUUAAGACAUUUGUUUAGAGAUUAUUAUACAAUUUUCGAUGUCUACAAAUUGUACAAAAGGAAACUUUUCCGAACCCUUAAUCCUUCAUGUAAAAGCUGCCAUGUUAUGACAAUGGCUACCAUGGCUCUCUCUCACUAAUAGCUGUUCUCAUCUUCCCAUUGCCUAUUCUCAAUUUCUUCACCUUAUCAUCAACAUCAAAAUCAUCUUUCUCUCUCUCUCUCUCUCUAUCUUUUUUUCUUCCCGAAAUUCAUAUUUAACCUGCGUAACCAGUAAAUCUUUUUUUCUUAACCACGAUUUUUUUUUCUUCUGCAACUGAAAUCAUCCUUCAUUUGGUUCCAAAAACACAAGCUAAUAACAACAGUAAUCCUUUUUUUUACACACACAAACACCAUCAUCAUCAUUAUCCUCAUCAUCAGAAGCUUUGAUAACAUCAUAAGUGCUGGAAAAAUGAAGAAAACAUUCACUUAAUUAACUUGACUUUUUUUCUGUUACCUGAGACCCGAAUUUGUGUUUAAAUACACUUACCGUUAUUACUUUAAAAGGGUGAAACCUGCAACCAAAAAAGUAUCAACAUCGACUGGUGUAACUUGAUGAUGAUGAUUAUCAUGUCACCAGAUCAUUUGACACCAAUUUCAACCCAAAAAGUUUAAGAGCAUCGCCACAGAGCAUCAUCAUCUUCUUCACCCACCCCCACCACCAGAAUUAUUUUCACCAUUGACCAACAAUUGUUUCAACAACAACUCUUUGUGUGUCCAGCAACAAUUUUCUCUCUCUCUCUCCUUGGUGAUGAUAAACAAUUAGUGUUACAAUUAUGUAAAAAUGGUCUCAAAUUGGUCUCAGAGAAACGGAAGAAAGGACAAAGGCGAGAUUAAACUGUUCUCUUUUUGGAAAAACAAAAUCAAUUGUAAUCAACACUCAACCAAAAUGAUACACAUCAACUUUUCCUCCUCAUCAUCCACCUCAAUGUCUUCGUCUCUUUAAUCAUAUUUACAUUUUAACUUAUUCACUGUUAUAAUUGCGAUGAAAAUAACAUGAUUUUGAUUACGAGUUAUAAUCAACCCCCAACCUCACACCAUUUGAAUGGACGGUUUACCAGAAAAUCAGAAGCAGAUACAACUUUUAUCUUCUUCAUCCUGAUCACACACACUCCCUCUCUCGUCAUCACUACUCUCUCUCUCUCUCUCUCUUUUCUUUCUCUCUCACAAACAUACAAAAAAAACCUACUCUCUUUUACUUAAAAAAAAAAUCUUCAUCUUCGGUUGCUGGUCAAACCAAAAAGGACUUCAUUGCAAUUGCAAUUGAUCAAAUUACUCUAUACCCUGAGUUGGAAACAACUGUUUCAAUACAAGAAUGAUGAUAAGAAAAAAAAUAUAUUUAUAUAUAAUAGUAAAUAAUUAAUUAAUUAUAAUUAUGAUAAUUAUAACAAAUAACAAUAACAAUAUAAUAUUAAUAUUGAUAUAUAUAAAUGAAAUAGAAAUCAACAAAUUGAAAACAAAUUAA